AUGACUUUGGCCAUAAUUCUGGAGAUAAAAAAUAAGCACUUGGAUUACUCCAGGUUUGUAAUUGAAAAUGUGUAUUGGUUACUGGCAAGUGUAGGAAAAGAACUGAAAGGUAACUUCUUGCAAGCCCUGGCAGAGAGAGAGGAAGCCAAUAGCACUGGAAAAAUGUCUUCCAUCAUCUUCAUUCGGGACCGGAAUUCCCAUCGCCAGGAGGUGUCCGGGUACAUCGACUAUGCACACAGGCUGACAACAGAUGACUUUGAAGCCUACUUCAGUGGGAAGAGGAGACUUCUCCCUCGGAGCACUGAUCUGAGCUUUUACAACUGGGAUAGAGAUGUCAGCACUUCAUGUUCCAGCCCAAAUUACGAAGUGAUUGCUGAAAGUGCCAUUGGGGUGCUCUUCAAGAACAAAAGUGAUGGGCAAAUAAUAAAUGUGGAUCCCAAGGCCUACCCAGGAGACAACACAACACGGACGCCUAUUGAAACACAUCAGUAUCUCCAUGUUGUUAUCUAUGACCAUAUUGUUGGAAGAGGGACCUAA